CUGGCCACAGUCCCCCCCCCGGCCUCGGCCUCUCCGUGUCCGUCACCGCGCAACCAUAUAAACGCGGCCAGAGCCUCCCCUUCGUCAAACCCAGCUCGCUCGCUCUCCUCUUCUCCGUCCUCCCCACACCAAACGAAGCAAGAUCGACCCUGCGCGAAGCUAGCUAGCCUCGCUCGGCAGCCGCAGCAGCCACAAACAAGCAACCAUGGCGGCGUCGGUAGCCUGCGCCUUCUUCUUCGACGCGGAGCCGCUCGGCGAGACCGGGAAGCACGCGCUGGACGCGUGCGCGCUCUGCGCCAAGCCGCUGGCGCGCGACAGCGACAUCUUCAUGUACCGAGGGGACACCCCCUUCUGCAGCGAGGAGUGCCGGGACGAGCAGAUGGAGCUCGACGCCGUCCGCGCCAGGCAGGCCGCACGGAGGCUGCGGCAGUACGCGUCGGGGACGGAGACGCGGCGCGGGCACCAGGAGUCCAGGAAGGUGUCCGUCGUCAGUUAGCCGGCCGCCAGAAGGGGCUAAUCUGAAUCAGGGAAAACUGGAGAACCACCGAUCUGACGAGAGAUGAAGGGGUUUUGGCUUCGCCUGAAGCCGGAGAAGGAUCUGAGAGGAAGUUCAUCUGCUUGAGGCUCCGGCCAUCUUGGUCGCCCGGCCACUGGACGUCCUUCUCUUCGCUCUGACCGGCUGCUUUUCGCCUCUUCUUUUAUGUGUGUUUUGAGGCUUUGAGACGUGAUCGGUGUAAACACCGUAUGUAAAUCGAAACUAUUUGGAAAGCCUUAUUUCGAUACAAAAAUUGCGGAAGAUCAUGUCUUUGUC